GGUCGCAGAGGCCUCCUCGGCACAACCUAACGAGCAUCAAGGAACAGAAGGCAUCUCAUCACCUCACCUCUCGACCUUUUUAUUCUUUAUUCUCUAUUCUCGGGAACGUUUGUUUGCGGCACUGGAGUUGUCCGACAUACUGUUCUGAAACUACAAAGUUGAGAGAGCACGCCUGGCCUCUACUGGUUGUCUGACAUGAGGGGUGGAAUCAUUGCAUUGCUCAUCUUCCUCUGGCUGCUCAGUGGAGACGAGGGUCCGCGACUGGACCACCUUCAAAAGGCACUCAACGAACUCCAGGACGAAGCCAACGUGUCCGGGAACAGAACAUUUGGAGUCAACGUAUCAUAUCCUAUCCCGCAGUCAGUCUCUGCAGAACUUACAAAAUUGUUCCAACCCGAAGGGAGGGACCCUCGGGCGCAUUACUAUCACAAUGUCACUGGAUCGUUCAAAGGAGACUGGUCGUUUGACGAGGGGAUCGCAGCAAACGUGGACCAGGAAUUCCCUUUGCCACCGGCGCCUCCAAAGGAUGAGACCAAGAACGGGACUGCAAUACAGGAUGGGGGCGAGAGCAUCAAGGAAAUAACAGCCAGUGAAGGCGAAGGGACUAAACAGGGAGGCGGUGCCACCACAGCACUCGCACAGGAAGCAGGAGAGACCAACAACACCAUUACUGGAGACGAGGCAACCGAAACGCCGGUGGAUACGAUCGAGGAUAAGAGGGCUCACUUUCUGGAGGAUGUCGAGAAGUUCAGAGGCCCGUUUCAGUUCAACGAGUCAGGUUCCUUUACAUUCAAUAUAAAGGAAACAAAGGCAACGGAAUAUGUGAAUUGGGUCAAGGGGAGCUGGACGUUCAGGCACGACGACAACGAAGACUACGGUAUAGCAUUGAGUGUCCAAGGCGUUCACUUUGUAAACAACGGCACCUUUUAUAUGUGGGGGAUCCCGGAGCAGGAAUGGAUGCCAUCAUGGCGUAUCUUGGACCUAAUGCCCAACAAUGCAUCAUUUGCGCUGGCUUUUGCUGCUCUUCAAGAACAUUAUCAAAAACGAAUCAAAGUCAUCGAGGAUAUUAUGGAGGGACACGAUAGCCUUGAGUACCCUGAAGCAUCUCUUUCUGAACCGUCCAGCUGCCACUAUCAAAUGUACAUGCAACUAGGUGCUAUCAACCCAAGCGUCAGAUCUACAGCUAUUAAGGACUUGGAGAGAGAAUGGGCAGCGCCACAAGGAAUAUCGACGAUCAAGCCUCCACACCUGAACUCGACUCUGUUCAUCUACUCGCCCAAUUGUCGUCUGACCAUUGGCGUCAAGAAAGCCGAAGGGAUGAAACGCGAGAAAUUCUAUGCCAAGGCUGUCAACUAUGCCGGAAUGGCUGGCACUGUGGCGUUCAUCCAGGUGUUUCUCCUCGUUCGUCAAAUGGAAUACACGCCAACGCCGUCGGGCGUGUCCAAGGUUUCUUACUGGACUAUUGCACUCCAAGUCUUCAUCGACUCUUAUCUCUGCAUGCUCCAUCUGACAACCGGUGUCCUAAUCGAUUUCCUGUUCAUACCAUUCGUGGCGGCAUCAUUCUUCUCGUUUGUGCUGGUGGCAAUCUUUGGAAUGCGCUACAUGCUGGUCAUAUGGAGGAUACAACGGCCUGAACGACGCGGCAGACGCACCCAAGCGGCGGCUGCUGCUGCUGCCGCCGCUACCAGUGCAGCCUCUAACAGCACAGAUGAUAAUACGGCGAAUACUGCCGCCACGACUCCUGCCGCUCGGCCUGCGGACACGAUGCCCGGAGGGUUACCGUUCCCGGUUACGGCUGCUCGACCGACACCCACCGAUGACACGGAUAGUCCUCGGUCGGAUAUGCAGGCACUCUACGGCCGAUUCUACUGGAUGCUUAUCAUUAGCUUGAUAACGCUAUACAAGAUCGCAAUUAGUUCAACGCGCGUUCAAAACCUCAUGAUCUCUGUCUGUGCACUGUGCCUCUUCUCGUUUUGGAUCCCUCAAAUUGUGAGAAACGUUACGCGGGGAUCUAAACGCGGACUCAACCUGUGGUUCGUCCUGGGCAUGAGCGCGACCCGGCUAGUGCUGCCAGUGUAUUUCUACGGCUGUCCCGAGAACCUGAUGGGCCACGAGCCUACUCCAUGGAUUUGGGGUCUGGUCGUCUGGGUCGCACUGCAAGUAGGGGUGCUACUGCUCCAGGAUUGGCUAGGCCCGCGGUUCUUUGUACCCAAGAAGUAUCUACCACCAAUUUACGACUACCAUCCUAUCUUGCCAGCAUCAGACGAGGAAUCUACUCGCAGUGGCCGCGCGCAUCAACAUGACUGUGCGAUUUGUUUACUUCCUAUUGAUACUGCCGCACAGGGAGCUGCAAGGCUAUCGAGUGUUGUAGGAAGUCUUGGACGAUUGAACUACAUGAUGACGCCUUGUGGACAUUUGUUCCACACGGAUUGCCUGGAAAAGUGGAUGCGGAUCAAACUCGAGUGUCCACAUUGUCGAGCGUACCUACCUUUCGUUUGAGUUCUUCAGGAAAUUAAUUUCAUUCACGAGCGCUGCACUCGUGGGGGGGAGAGUUGCUGCUGCUUCUAUACCGACUAUUUGCAUCUCCCACAAACGGCGCCGGUUUCGGUCAACAUAGACGUAUAUGCUACCAUUCUCGUGUACUAUUACUACUAUUACUAUUAUUAUUAUUCAAAAUGUCCUCUG